CCAAUCUGAAGAGGUGCAGUCUUCCCGGGUCCCAGCAUUCUGUGCCGGAGGUGAGGGUUUCGGGUCUGCGAGGAGCCGAGUGAGCACAGCGGCCGAAAGAAGGGGACCUUGGGGACCUGGUGGAGGUGCUGUGGGAGCAGAACGGGGUGACGCGGGCGGACCCAGCCUGCAGAGGGACUCUGCCCUUUCCUACCCAGCGAGCACCCAGCAGGGAAUGGCUGUUGCGUCUCUACCUGCCAGAUGCCAGGAAUCAGUGACAUUCGAGGACGUGGCUGUGAUCUUCACUGAUGAAGAGUGGAGGCAUCUGGUUCCUGUGCAGAGGGCACUGUACCAGAUGGUGAUGCUGGAGAACUAUGAGAGCAUUGUCUCACUGGGACUUCCAGUCCCUCCACCCGACGUGAUUUUUUGGUUGAAGAGAGGGAACGAGCCAUGGAUAGAGGGUCUUCCAGGAUCUGAGGAGAGAGAAUGUCCACAGAGUAUCUCUUUAGACUGGGAGACCAAGCUGAAGACUCAAGAUGCCUCCAAAGAAGAAAAUCCAGAAGAAACACUGAGGCAGAGCCUCAGCAGGCAAAGUCUUCUGUGCCCCAAACUUAAAGUUCAAGCACCAGAGGGAGGGUUGAGGGCAGAGAAAGAAAGCCCUGUAGUAGGGACUUGCAAGAAGCCCCCUUCCCAAGACAAAAGUCUGCAUCAAGGAUCAGCCCCAUCCCGGAAAAUCCUCCCUAAAGAGAGAGAUCAGGAGUGCAGUGACUGUGGGAAGACCUUUUUUGACCACUCUUCACUCAUCCGCCAUCAGAGGACACACACUGGGGAAAAGCCCUAUGACUGUCACGAGUGCGGGAAGGCCUUCAGCCACAGGAGCAGCUUGAGCCGACACCUGAUGUCACACACUGGGGAGAGCCCCUACGAGUGUGGAGUAUGUGGCAAAGCCUUCUUUGACAGAUCUUCCCUAACUGUGCACCAGCGCAUCCACACGGGAGAGAAGCCCUUCAAAUGCAGUGAGUGUGGGAAAGCCUUCUUCGACCGAUCGUCCCUCACUCGGCACCAGAGAAUCCACACUGGAGAGAGUCCUUAUGAGUGCCAUCAGUGUGGGAAGGCCUUUAGCCAGAAGAGCAUUCUCACGCGCCACCAGCUCAUUCACACAGGCAGGAAGCCAUAUGAAUGCAGCGAGUGUGGGAAAGCCUUCUAUGGAGUCUCAUCACUCAACAGACAUCAGAAAGCUCAUGCAGGGGAGCCUCACUACCAGUGUAAUGAGUGCAGCAAAGCCUUCUUUGACCGGUCAUCCCUCACACAGCACCAGAAGAUCCAUACAGGCGACAAGCCAUAUGAGUGUACUGAGUGUGGCAAGGCCUUCAGCCAGAGGUGCCGACUCACGCGGCACCAGAGAGUUCACACGGGGGAGAAGCCCUUUGAAUGCAGUGUAUGUGGGAAAGUUUUCAGCUCAAAAUCCUCGGUCAUUCAACAUCAGCGGCGUUAUGCCAAACAGGGGAUAGACUGAGUUGGGUGGGAGCUUUAGUCAGACCAAGGACCUUUGUACAGACUUAAGACAGGUCUCCCCUGUGCUACCCAAGCCCAGCAUUUGUUCAUUCCACCCACUCUGGCUCCAAUCCUGUCUGGCCUCUGCUCCACAGUGUUUGAAUAAACACUCUCUACCUGCUAUGUUGUAGAACUGACGUGGGGUAUGAAGGUAGGAAAUGACUCUACAGAAUCAAAUACUUGGGGAAGGGCUGGAGAUGUAGCUCAGUGGUACAGCACUUGUCUAGCAUGUGCAAAGCCCUGGGUUUAAUCACCAGCAUUGCAAAAAAAAUUUUUGGCAAGGUUAUCAGAAAUAGAUAUUAGGAGGAAAUCCUCAGAGAUAUCUCUUGUUAGAACCUUGGCUCCAGUUAUCACUGCACUUUAAACAACUGGAGGCUACGAUGGGGGGAAAGGCACAGUUAUACCAGAGAAGCUGUUCUUUACACUUAAGUUUUUCUAGUUGUUAGUCCCUCUCUCAGAGCUUUUCUGGGCACUGACCAUGUUCUUGUGUGUCCCAGCUUUCAGAUUUCUUAAUAUUUCUAAUAGUCACUAGCACUUAUUGAGCACUUAUUGUGGGGUAAACACUCAGCUAAGAGUUUUACAAGGACAAGAUUGAUCCAUCUUCUCAUCAGCUCAGUGAAAUAGGUGCUGUUGCUAUCUUUACUCUACAGAUGAGCACACUGAAGUUUAGAGAGGUUGAGUAACUUGCCCAAGGUGACACAGUAGUAAAAGGUGAAACCAGGUCUUGAAUUACUCUCUUUCAAAGUCUAUUCUCUUUACCAUCAUGCUGUAAGUUUUUUAUAUAUAUAUAUAAUUUAUGUGCAUGCAUUACCUUCUCAGAUUGUAACCACUUGGAAGUGUGACUUAUAGGACUUUGUGUCUCACACAGUGCCUUGCAAAUAGUGCUCAAUAAAUAUUUAUCUGAAUGAAUGCCAAGUUCUCAUCAUUCAAAAUACCCCUUUCAUUCAUGUCCUUUCUCUGAAUUUUCACAGCUCUACCCAAAGCUUUAUCAUCCUAGACCCAUGGAGGUAAUAGUCACUUCCUAAUUCUAGUUGUUUCUUCCUUGCAGAAAAGGGAUAUGCUAAGCUAUGGUGCAGUGACAAGGAAGCCCCCAAAUAAAGAUCUGUGCCUCACAUCCAGUCUGAUGUGAGUCGUCUGUCUCAUUCCAUCCUUAUCAUUUAAAAUAUCUGGCAUCCAGAGUCACUAUGAAGAAGGAAAGAGAGCUAGAGGAAUUGACGGGAUACUUUUAAGAGCCAGUCUUAUCUCUUUUACUCACGUCUUAUAAGCCAAAAUCCAGCACCUGGAGACUAGGAACAGAAACAGGCAUCUCAAUGUUUGGUUAACACCAAGAUCCAUCUGUUAGACUCUGCAUGUUGCUCUUGGGUCAGUCUUUUCACAUGACUCCCUUCUUGCUUAUUGCCUUGAACUCAGGACCUGAAAAAGCUCCCUAUUUAAUGCAAAUUUCUCUGAAUACUUAGGAUCUGCUUUAAUGCGAGUCCCAUUACCAAAAACUUCACAUCCUGAUUCCCAAAAUGAUUCUAUUUCCUGGUCCUAGCCCGAUAACUUUUGUUUUUUGUUUUUUUUUAAGUGUCAGGCACCUUGACUCUAGAGGAGAAGGUUGCACUGGGAUACGAAUUGGAAGAACUGCAGUUGUAGUUCCACACAUGGAGCCACAACUCAGAAGUUCAAGGCUGC